AUGGCCUGUGGAUCCCGCUGCCAUGCAGCAAUGAUCGGUGACCCAGUGCCCAGUGGACGGUGCCGUGGUGGUCCACUACGCCCAUGUGGUAGCGGUUGGGAGCUCGAUGGAGGGGAUCAUGGUGGAGUUUGGAACAAAGCAUCGGAGCCGAAGGAGGCCAAGGAGCUCCGAUCGAGCAAAGCAGGAGGCGAUGAGAGUGUGGGGCUAAGCCUCUUGUUUAUUAUCCCUGGAAGUUUGUGGUUAUACUGGCUUUUCAACAAAAAAAAACUAAUCAAGAUAAAAGCCAAGUUCUUUCAGAAAAAUGGAGGCUUGUUUCUACAGCAACAAAUCUUACGUCAAGGGUCUAAUGCAACAUUUAAGAUCUUCAAUAUAAAGGAACUAGAAAUGGCAACCAACAACUUCAACGAAAGCCAAAUCCUCGGUCGUGGUGGAUAUGGUAUUGUAUACAAGGGUGUUUUGCCAAGCAAGGAAAUAGUGGCCAUCAAGAAGUCCAAAUUUGUUGACGAGAGCCAAAUCGAGCAAUUCAUUAAUGAGAUAAUCAUCCUUUCUCAAAUCAAUCAUAGAAAUGUUGUCAGACUCUUGGGUUGCUGUUUAGAGACUCAAGUUCCAUUGCUUGUAUAUGAGUUCAUAUCCAACGGAACCCUCUUCCACCAUAUCCAUGGUCAAAGUCAUGGUUUCUCAAUGCCAUGGGAAGUUCGUUUAAGGAUAGCUGCAGAAGCUGCUGAAGCAUUGGCAUAUCUGCACUCGGCUGCUUCAGUGCCAAUCAUUCACAGAGAUGUCAAGUCCACAAAUAUACUAUUAGAUGAGAAUUAUAGAGCUAAAGUAUCAGACUUUGGAGCUUCAAGGUUAGUCCCAUUUGAUCAAACACAUAUUACCACCCUUGUGCAAGGGACAUUGGGAUACUUGGAUCCAGAGUACUUCAAUACAAGCCAGAUAACAAAGAAGAGUGAUGUCUAUAGCUUCGGGGUAGUUCUUGCAGAGUUAUUAACUAGGGAGACUCCAGUAUCUUUUGCUAGGUCAGAAGAUCAGAGGAAUCUAGCUACUUUUUUUAAAUUGAUGUUUGACGAGCAGCACAUCCUUCAAUUGAUAGAGCCUCAAAUUUUAGAGGAAGCUGGAAUGGAGCAACUCUUUCUUAUUGCACAACUUGCUAGGAGGUGUUUAAAUUUAAAAGGAGAAGAAAGACCGACCAUGAAAGAAGUUACCAUGGAGUUAGAAGGGCUAAGGAGGUUCCAUAAUCAAUAGCUAGCUCCCCAAAAUCUCAAUGAGAUAGAGCACUCGCUAUGUGAGAUUGGACCUUCAAGUAGAUGCAUUACUGAGGAGGCAAGCAGGCAAUAUAGUUUAAAAGAUGAUAUGCUAGCUUCCAUGGAUCUCCCAAGGUGAUGGAUUGAUGAGAAACCACUCUUUUUGUACAGAGCUAUGGAGAUUUUAUCUAUGCUAUUGAUGCUCCCUACUUUCUGAAGCAAAUAUUGAUCAAAUUGUUCCUUGAACUUUGCAUUUUGCUGCUAUCUCUGUAUAUUGUAUUACUGAGAUCUAUGUGAUAAAAAAUAGUGAUCUAGCU